AAAAAAUGAUGCAUAUUGCUACUACAUAUAUUGUGUCGUUCAUGCUAAAAAGGUUCUUUUAUGGUUCCUGCGUUAACCCUAUUUGACGGGAGUUUAUAGGCUCACGUAAAUAUAAUUUGCAGAAAUGCCGCCCAAAAGAGGAAAAGUACAGAAGGAAGAGGUUCAAGUUUCUCUUGGACCACAGCUUCGCGAAGGAGAGGUAGUUUUUGGAGUGGCCCACAUCUUUGCCAGCUUUAAUGAUACAUUUGUGCACGUCACCGAUUUAUCGGGCAGGGAAACAAUUGCUAGAGUUACUGGUGGUAUGAAGGUAAAAGCAGAUCGUGAUGAAGCCUCGCCUUAUGCAGCUAUGCUUGCAGCUCAGGAUGUUGCAGAGAAGUGUAAAUCGCUAGGUAUCACAGCACUGCACAUCAAACUGAGAGCUACGGGAGGCAAUAAGACAAAAACCCCUGGUCCUGGUGCACAAUCUGCUUUGCGUGCUUUAGCCCGUUCAAGCAUGAAAAUUGGACGUAUCGAAGAUGUCACUCCUAUUCCUUCAGACUCUACUCGAAGGAAAGGUGGUCGCCGUGGACGUAGGCUAUAAAUUAUGGCUUUGUAUAUCUCUUUUAUUACCUUUCAAUAAAUAUUUAAAGAGA